AUGCAAAAUUGUAAGAGAUUGAUUCAUUUAGUAACUACAAUCUCAAGAAAAAUGAUUCUGUUUAUACACAGGACUUGUAUAGAUUUCAAUAGUAAUAUUGAAUAAAAGCUACAAAACUAAAAUCAUUCUUAAAACCUCAAAUUGAAAAUUUAAAUAUUAUCUUAAGUAUUAGUUUUUGAAAGUUUAGAAAUGCUAAAUUAACUAAAUAUCCAAAAACUUAAUGGAACAUAAAUUUAAGUAUUUAGAAAAAGGUGGCUAAAUAAUUAUAAUUAAAAGAUUAAUAGGUAAAACAAUAAACAGAUCGAAAUUAAGUUAUAAUUCAUAAUAUAGCACCAUAACUAAUACAUUAAUAUACUAAUUAUUUAAAAAUAGAUCAAAACAAAAAAAAGUAAUUAUAUCAGUAAAAUUAUACUUCAGAUUUAAGAUUAAAAUAUAAAAUUGAUGUUCUUAAAACCAAUAAGUAAUUAUGGAGAUCUAAAGAAGGAGUCAAAGAAAUGA